UUUAUUCGAAUUGAAAGAAGCGACUGGACAUGAAUGACAUUGCACAAGAAAAGAAAAGUAAAACAGCUGACAAUUAUAAUUUUUUCCUGAAAGGUUAUGGAAUGUUGUCAGUUAUUUUAAUACCGCCAACAACGAGUUGUAAUCAAGUGAGCACAGUGAAAUGUGUCCGUGAAAGUAACAAAGAUGCGAAAAAUAUCACUCAGUAACGGAAAUGAUGGGCAAAGAACUGGAAGGCAAAAGGUUUAUCAGCGUAGCGGUCAAAGAGAAGGAUCCCCAAAUUAUGUGCUCUUGUAUUCAGAUGGAGAAAAUAGUGGAGACGAAGAGACAAUUGCUCUUCGUACGGUAUCGAAACAAAAAUCACCUCCCCGAAAAGUGGAGGUGAUGAAAGUUCAGUUACAGCCUGAGGAUACUUUGCAGGCACUCUCGCUCAGAUACGGAUGCACCAUAUCUGAAUUGAAGAGGAUCAAUAAAAUACAUAAAGAAAACGAAAUAUUUGCACAUCGAACAAUUAAGGUUCCUGUUGUUGCGUUCUCUCUCUUAACAGAAUCCUUAAAUCAAAAUGAAAAUACAGACAAUAACGAAGGCGAAAUUGGCAAUCUUAUUACUAUCGAGGACUCACCGGCUAAUAGCUCUAGAGAGGAACAAAUUAUCAAUCUGAUAGCCCUUCCAACUCCUGUACCUCCGCUAAAAUCGAAUUUUGAUUAUAACGUAUUAGAUUCACUAUGCGAAACUUCCGCAAAUCAAUCUGGAAAUACACUAGAUGACUUAGAGGAUGGAGAAAACGAUCAGUUACUUGCUUCCGAAGGAAGCAGACCAGAGCGAGAUAGUGUAUACGCGUUAUCGUGUUCUGGGGCUGAUUGGGGUCUGUCGUGGCCUCAGCUCGUUGGUUGUUCGCUACUCCUGGGACUUGCAGGACCUCUUAUUAUUUAUUUUUUAUUUCUUGCCGAAACUACAUCGAAGCAUCAUUCGAGCGCGGGAUACUAUAAGCAUUUCUUCUCAUGAAAAUAUAAAAGGAUCAAUUUUUUUCUCACCAAAGUUGGAUUAUGUGUUUGCUGACAAAUAUAACUGUAUAUUAUUAUAUACGUAGUACAUCACUCAUAGACGCAUACGAAUUUUGGAGCAACAUAUCUUUUUGACCUAAAGUGGUUCCGUAAUACGUACAGACUGUAACAUGUUGAUUGCACAACUUGUUUAGUUUCUUCUUGAAUACUAACACACGUUUCUUUAAUG